GGUGUAACUUUUUGGUGAUGCAAAAAAAAAAAAAAUCCUAGAGUUUAACCCUUUCCUACCUGAAUCCCAGCUGGAUCUCGUUUGAGCCAUAGUUUGGAACGUAAGCUUUAUAAGGUGUUUUGCUAGAGUACGCUACCACAGUACUUGAGCUGAUUGAUUACCUUAGGGUGUUUGCAUAUCCUUCCCAUAGGUCAGACACUGUAAUCUAAGAAAACAACCAUUCUCACCGCUAAACCACCAGCUUCCCGAGACCCAACCACAUACCCAGUGGACUUCUAACCACCUUCUUUAUUCUCCCUCCUCCCUCCCACACUAUGCCAUCUGUUAUGAUCAUCUUGAAGAACCAAAGAGGAAACGGCUCCAGCAGGAAAAUGGGUUAUAAAAGGUGUGAAAAUAUUCAAAGUUUCCAUAUAACUUAUGGAAGAGGUAGAGGCUUUUACAGUGGAGGUGAGUUUGCACAUUUCAGGUGAACUUUUUGUAGUUACCCCCACGACUGUUUGAUGCUUGAUUCUGUCAAUAAACCCCUCUACGCUGGUUAGGGUUUGCUGAUGAACCAGAAUUGAAAAAAAAACAAACAAAUAAUGAGUAUUAAUUUUUUGGAACCACUUCUUGGUUCUAUGGAUACGGGUUUGAAAAUGUCACAUAAUCUAGCAUUAUCAUGUUGCUGUGAAGUUCAAUGGUUAUGUGUCUUUUACACCCACCCUCUCUUUCGAUUACACUGACUACUGGUUAUACUGAAGGCAAGAAUGAAAUCAUCUUCAUAUCUGUAUACUCAGAGCCUGAAUUGGAAUGUGAAUGACACAGAUUAGUCCUCUUCAUUCCUUCUCCUUAUACACUGCCACCCACUGAAUGUAGCAAUUGCCCAAGGCCCAGAUGCUGACCUCAUACUGCGCUUUCUGAUGUGGCAAAUUAACGUUUUCAAGUUACAGUCUCCUGGAGGUGGAAUGGCCAGUUGUCCCUUAACCUCAGUGAGUCAAUGUUUGCUACAGCCAUGAAUCUAGUCACAAGUAUCUGGUUGUUUUUAACAGGUCCUUUGACUCACUGACCAUUCUUGGCAUUCGUUUGCAUUCUGAACGAUGAUUCUGUUUCUUCCGGUGUAAUUUGGUAGCCCCAAUUUACUAACUUAAGACCUCAGUAAGUGCAAGAUUACAUUCCAAUGUACUGGAUUCAGGAACUUCUUACCCGCCCUCUUUCCUUGAGCAUAUAUGCUCCCGACGCGGAAGGUACUUCAUUCGCUCUACAGGAGUUGUCCAGCCGGACUCGGGUGCGGGAACUCCAGGGCCAAAUUGCCACCAUCACCGGGAUCGCCCCCAGCUAUCAGCGAAUUCUCGUCGGGUACCCGCCGGAAUGCCUGGAUCUCAGCAAUGGGGAUACCCUUCUGGGAGAUUUGCCCAUCCAGUCAGGCCCAGCUUGGGACAUUCUUCGCUUCCCUUCGCUUCCCCUCUGGGAGCCCCUUUCACCGUCUCUGCACCUUGCUUCUGGCAAUGCCCGAGAGGGAGCUGUGGCCAGCUGGGCCGGGCUCGGAACCUGUGACCCGCGUCAGCAGCUGUGACAGCAUGAUGAGCACCACCUCCACGCGCUCUGGAUCUAGUGACAGCAGCUACGACUUCCUGUCCGCCGAAGAGAAGGAGUGUCUGCUCUUCCUGGAGGAGACCAUUGGCUCGCUGGACACUGAGGCUGACAGCGGACUGUCCACUGACGAGUCUGAGAAAGCCACAACUCCCCAAAGUCCCCGAGAACUGCCCAUAACCCAGCCUGCUCCCCAGGGACAUCCAGAGGAGAAAAUCCUUCUUCAGCCAAGCCUGGGGCCAAGGAGAGUGACUCAGUCCAGUUCACGCCAUCUGCCUGAACCCCAAGGCCUAGGCCUCAGGUCUGGCUCCUACAGCCUUCCCAGAAAUAUCCAUAUCAGCAAGAACCAGAACCUCUUGAUUGAAAAACACAACCCAGGAAAAACCAGGAAAAACACAACCCAGACUAACAGCCACCUCCCAGCGAAACCUGAGGGUUUCAUCCCAGACCCUGAGAAAGGACAGGUCAGUCAGAGCAGCGAGGCCAACCAGGCUCCUGCUGGACCGUGGGAGCCCUUGCUUUGGACACAGCACUCAACCCCCGACCAGAGGCUUUCGGAGUCACCCAGCCAGAGCAGUGUGGGGAAGACGGCCUCUGUGAGGGGCCAGGGGAGCAGAGCACUUGAUUUGGACACAGCACUCAUCCCCCCGCCAGAAGCUUUCCGGGACGCCCAGCCAGAGCAGUGUGGGGAAGACGGCCUGCCUGAAGGCCCAGGGGAACAGAGCCCCACGCCCCUGCUCCACACAUUACUCAGCUCUCAGAAGAGAAAAGAAACUUCUUCAGAGCUCAUGUCCCAAAAACCUAGUGAGAGAGGCUCAGUGGGAGCACCAGGACAAUCUCGGCCUCCCCCUGCCAUGUCUUCUCAGAAUUCUAGAGCUGCAGAUGCUCCCAUCCCAUCAGGUGGGAAUCCAAAUGCCCAUCUGGCUCCCCUCACAGCGCCUAAGCCCCGGAAGCUGCCACCUAAUAUUGUUCUGAAGAGCAGCCGAAGCAGUUUCCACAGUAAUCCCCAGAACUGGCUGUCACGCCACUCUGAGGCUGCCCCUGGAGAUUCGGGUCUGGUCCCCUCUUCACUGCAGGAGCAGAGGAAAGCACGCAAAGAAGCACUAGAGAAGCUGGGGCUACCCCAGGACCAAGAUGAGCCCAGCCCUCAGUUAAGUAAGCCCACCAGCUCCAUCAGACUCAAGGGGACUCACGCUCAGGCCCCCGCCCCGGCUCCAGCUCAGCCUGCAUUUCCAACUCAAGUGUCAGCAGCUGUGCCUGUGGCAGAGAAGGCUUCGGCUCCUGUUCCGACCCAGGGACCUUCUCCAGUGAAAGCUCCAGCUCCAGAGCCAGCUCUAGCUCAGGGGCCUUUUCCAGGCAAGGUUUUGGUUCCUGCCCAGGAACCCACUCCAGGGAAGGUUCCAGCUGCCAAAUCCAUGCCAAUUUCCAUCCCUAAGGCCCCAGGGGUAAGUAGUCCCCUGAGUCAGCCAAAGCCAAACUCAGGGCUAACUCUCCAGGAGAGCAAUAUCCCCGGCCUGAGACAGAUGAACUUUAAGUCCAACACUCUGGAGCGUUCAGGUGUGGGGCUGAGCAGCUACCUCUCAGCUGAGAAAGAGCCCAGCCCCCAAACUAGCACCUCUCUGGGAAAAGGCUCCUUCUUGAACAAGAUCUCACCCAACGUUCUGCGUAAUUCCCGGCCCCGCCCUGCCUCCCUGGGCACAGGGAAGGACUUUGCAGGUAUUCAGGUGGGCAAAUUGGCUGACCUGGAGCAGGAGCAGAGCUCCAAGCACUUGUCCUACCAAGGACAGAGCCGUGACAAGCUGCCUCGACCCCCCUGUGUCAGUGUCAAGAUCUCCCCCAAAGGCAUCCCUGAUGAACACAGAAGGGAGGCUUUGAGGAAGCUGGGGCUGCUGAAGGAGUAGAGGCAGCACGGCCUGCACAGCCCCCUGCUCGUCCUACAAGAAGAGACUCGGGGCUCCACAUAGGAGCCUUUGCCACCUCACAACUCAGGGGUGGGCGGGGGGAGGCUUCUCUCUGAUGUUCUCUUCUCUCUGAGGUGAAAGGGAAGGAGGGAUUAGGUGCAAACAUAAGUAUAUUUAGGGUGGUUGUACCAAUGAGUACCUGCACAAAUCAUCCUGAAGAUGUUUGACACAAGAGGGUGUGUGUGUGUGUGUGUGUGUAUGCAUGUAUGUGCGUGUAUUAUAGGCUGUAUAUAUCGCUGAAGCUAUUUAUAUGACACGUGGAGUCAUUGCUCAGAAUUCUGCUCGUGUUGGAGAUUUUCAUACAUUGGGUAGAGUCCAGCCUAGCCAGCCUGAGUGGAGAGGAGUGUCUAAGCCUAAGAAAAGAAAGUCAGGUGAGACAAUGGAUUAUCAGUGACAUUAGGCAAAUGCAGCGUCACAUGAAAUGUGAGUCUCUCUGAAUCCCUGCAAUGAGUGGAGACGGGCUCAGACCUUGCUGGAUCCCUCUCUCAAUUCCGGCCUUCUGGACAGGGACCUGGGGUCAAGAGGAGUUGAUUUUUUUUAUCUCUUCACCUGCUGCCUUCUCACUGUCCCCCAUUCCAAAGAAAGACAGGACGUUCUCGUAACUAAAAACUCUUGGUCGACUGAGAGCAGCAGGGGUCUUGUUGAUCUGAGAAAGCAGGACAAAUGACCCCACAACACCCCUUCCCAAUAAUAAACUCUGUGGUGGUCCCUGAUUCUGUUGUUCCUGUUCUUUCUGCUCCCUGUCUCAGUCUGCACGUGAGUGACCCCAGGGCUGGGCCAACAUUGAGAUGGGAGCCUGAGCCCAGAGGCUUUGUAAGAACUGUUUCAGGCCUCAUCCACACUAUUGCAAAUAGUUUUUAACUUCCUCAGUGCUUGUGGAAAAUCAUCCCAAUACAUUCUUUGCUAGUUAUUCAUAGACUAUCAGGGAUGGGGGUGGGGGCCUUAGAGAUGCUCUAGUCCAACCUUGUUGGGGAAGGGAAGUGACUCAUCCAUGGUCGCUGCUGCUUGGUAACAGAGCUGGGACCAGAGCUGGGCUCCUGAUUCUCAUUUCAGGCGACACACUGCCUCCCCUCAAGCAGCACUUGUGUAUAUCCACGCAGCACCCCAAGGAUCAAUAAUCACUUUUCAGGGCUCAACCCUCAGGCCCUUCAAGAUCCCGAAGUGUUUUCUAAACUAUCAAAGAUUAAAUGCUUUCAUGUCAUCUUCA